CAAAGCUCAUCACUGAUCAGUGACGUAAGUCUUUAUUACAUUGUCUCAUAGUCUCAACCACGCUCAGGCUUCUCUCUAUCUCCUCCAAAUCCAUAUACAGUUCUCUUAGAAAAUCCAGCUCUAUAUCACCCUAUUCAUUUACUCACUUAGAAACCCAUCUCUGUAAUCCCACAAGCUCUCCUAUCUCUGCAAACCCAUCUGGGUCUCCUCUAAACCAAUUCAAUUCUAUAAAUCUAGCAAAAAUUCUAGAUGGGUAUUCGUUUUCUCACCAUUUUGAUCGAAAUUUCAGUUCUUUCAGCUCCAAGAUUGGUUUUUGUAAGGUUUCUUCAUCUGGGUAUUGGGUUAAUUAUGCAAAUUUAAGGACUUGUGAAAGAAAUGGAAGUGGGGUUUUAAGGGGUCAGGGUUUUGUGAGUGGAUUGAGGAGUUUUAGUAGUGAAUCGGACAGGGAUCCAUAGGGUAUGAUGUUGUUAUUGUUGGGGCAGGACCGACGGGGUUAUUGGCGAAGAUAAGUUGAAGCAAAUGUGCACUGAAAAGGGGGUUGAUUUAUUAGUGUGUGUUGUUGAGAAAGGUGUUGAAGUGGGUAUGUUUCUCAUAUCAUGGUUCCCACAUCCAAAGAUUCGAACGGUCUGACCGAUCUUCGUUUUCUCGAAUCAAGAUCUCUCUCUUUCAGCUUUUUCUUUGGGAUCUGGCUUUGAUCUGGAUUUAGAGAAUGAGAUGGUCUGAUCGGUGGCGAUGGUGGUAAUUGGUGGUCUGAUCGUUUGCUCUUGUUCUGGGUUUAUUUGGUUGGGUUUGACUUGCUCUUAAUCGAUGGUGGUGGUGGGUUUGAUCGUGAGAACUUGAAGUUUGCUUGGUUGCUCUUAAUCAACUUGCUCUUAUUAUGGGUUCGACCUGCACUGUUGGUUUAUUUUAUUUAUUUCUUUGUUUUUCUGGAGAUUAGAUUUGAUUGCUAGAUUUGGAUUUGGGGUUUGCCAGAGAUUGGUUUGGUGCUUGCAAGUUACAACAAUACCCAGACAUUCCUCCUUGCUUUUGAUGGUUGUCUUUUUUGAGGUUGCUAACUUGCUAUUAGAGAUAUAUGUAAAUGCUGUAGCAACCCGCAGGAAUUCCAUAGCUCAUGGAGGUUAGAGAGUUUGAGAGAGGAUAUGACGUUGCAUUGGGCAUCAAUACAUUUGGAGCUUUGCAUGUUUUGAGCUUUGCAAAGAAAUGUAUUAAAUUGAAGGUCCUUCUCCAUGUAUCAACUGCUUAUGUGUGUGGCGAGAAGGGCGGGUACAUACUAGAGAGCCCAAUUUACAAGGGAGACAGGCUAAAGGGAACUUCAAGAUUAGAUAUCAAUGUCGAAAAAGAACUUGUGGAGGAAUACCUAGAUAGAUUAAGAGUACAAGGUGCCACGAAUGAAGAAAUCACAUCAACCAUGAAGGAUUUUGGCACCAAAAGGGCAAAACUAUAUGGAUGGCCAAACACCUACGUGUAUACGAAGGCAUUGGGGGAAAUGCUUUUAGGAAACUAUAAUAAGAAUUUGCCCUUAGUUAUCAUACGCCCCACUAUGAUAACCAGUACAUAUAAAGAGCCAUUUUCAGGUUGGAUUGAAGGCGCGAGGAAUUUGCAGGAUUUCAAUCUGUCUCAAAAAAUUGGUAUAAUUCCUCAAAUACACUCUACUUCACAUGGAUUUUCACCUACAAAGCCGAAGACUCGUGCUAGAUGGGUGAGAAAAGAUUCUCUAAGAACCGUUGAUGGUGUAAUUGCUGCCUACGGUAAAGGGAAAUUGAAAUGCUUUCUUGGCCAUCCUAAGACAAUCAUGGAUGUUAUACCAGCAGAUAUGGUGGUAAAUUCUAUGAUUAUGGCCAUGGUAGCUCAUGCAAAUAAGUCUUCUCAGAUCAUCUUCCAUGUGGGUUCUUCAAUGAGAAAUCCGAUGAAACUCUCUAGUCUUUCAGAUUUAAGCUCUCUGUACUUCACUCAAAAUCCAUGGAUUGAUAGAAAUGGAAAGUCAAUCAAAGUCAGCAAGAUGAUAGUCUUUAGCAAUAUUGAUAUGUUUCAAGCAUACAUGGCUAUUCGAUAUAAACUGCCGUUGAAGGUGUUAUGGUUAGCAAAUCUGGUGCUUUUCCAGUAUUAUCGGGAAAUAUAUAUUAAUCUUAACCGGAAGGUCAAAGUAGUGAUGCGAUUGGUUGACCUCUACAAACCAUAUGUAUUUUUUACUGGUUGCUUUGAUGACUCCAACACAGAAAAGCUGCGAGUGACAAUUAGAGAGAACGAUGUCGACAUGCAUUUGUUUAACUUUGAUCCAAAGUGCAUUGACUGGGGAGACUACAUUAUGAACACUCAUAUUCCUGGCCUGAUAAAGUACUCAAUGAAACGAUAACUUUGAGGGAUUGUUUAUUUUUAUUUCGAAAAAUGUUGUGGUUUAAUUUGGAAUUUUCUAUCAUCAAUAAGGCAAUUGCAACCUACCUAGCUAGUUGCCAUUUUGUUUAGAAUUUUACUUGGAGUGAAUUAGUGUUCAGAAAUUAAAUAUGCAAGUAAAUGAAUUGAUGUGAGGAGCUAAAUAAAUGUAUGUUACGAAUAAAUGAAGUGUGAAAAGGGAGUUAAAGGGUUGUAUUUGGAGUAUACAUACCCCUUGCAUUUA